AUGACAACUGAACAUGCAAUUACCGAUGGGGAGUUGGGGGAGAAGAUCGACUUGACCCAUGAGGAGGUCGUUCAUUUGGCCCAGUUGACUGAUGAAGAGAAAAUCCUGGAGAAAAAGCUGCGCAGACGCAUCGACGCGCUGAUUAUGCCGCUGGCGAUUUUGGUUUAUCUGAUGAAUUAUAUUGAUCGCAACAAUUAUGCCGCCGCGAAGCUCCAAGGCCUCGAGGCGGAUCUCGGCCUCGACGACACAAAGUACCAGACCGGUCUCUCUAUUCUGUUUGUUGGAUAUAUUUUGAUGCAAGUGCCAUCAAACAUGCUUCUGAACUAUAUGGGCCGACCAUCCCUGUAUAUCGGGUUCUUCGUGUGUGCCUGGGGCAUGGUAUCUGCAUUGACAAGCCAAGUCUCAAGCUACGGAGGCAUUGUUGCGUGCCGAUUUAUCCUCGGUCUGGUCGAAGCGCCCUUCUUCUGCGCUAUCCUCUUCUACUUGUCCAAGUGGUACACCAAGAAGGAGCUGGCCUUCCGCAUGAGUAUCUUCUACUCCGGUUCUCUCCUGAGCGGUGCUUUCGGAAACCUCAUCGCAGCCGGAAUUCUCAACGGCCUUAAAGGAAAGCGCGGCCUCACUGCCUGGCAGUGGCUGUAUAUCAUUGAAGGAUCGAUCACAGUCGCGAUUGGAUUGGCGAUUUGCUUCAUUCUGCCCGACUUCCCGGAAACAUGGAAGCUGUUGAGCCCGGAGAUGCGCCACGUCGCACAGAGACGACUUGCAAUUGAGGCUGGCGAAGCCGAUCUCGACGAAGAAGGUGGAAUGAGUCAAAUCAAGGGUCUGAAGCUCGCUAUGACCGAUAUCAAAACCUACGCAUUUGCCAUCGCAUACAUGUGCAUCACUGGAGCGGCUGGAUUCCAGAACUUCUUCCCAACUUUGGUGAAGAGUUUGGGUUACAGCGAGACUAUCUCGCUUGUGCUCGUGGCCCCGCCGUACCUCUUUAUGGUCGCGUAUUCUCUUUGCCAUUCGCUGCUGUCCGACAGGUUCGGGAAGAGAUUCUGGUUCUUCGUCUACCCAAUCCCAAUCACCAUUAUCGGAUUCAUUAUCUUCAUGACGACGCACUCAUUUGGACCGAAAUACUUUUCGUUCUUUUUGAUGGUUUUUGUCUUUGCCCAGAACGGAACUCUAUACUCCUGGCUGGCUAGUUCAAUUCCUCGCCCGCCUGCUAAGCGCGCUGUUGCGUUCGCAUUUUUCAAUUCUCUCGGCAAUAGCGCUUCGAUCUGGACGCCUUUUACGUAUCUUGACAGUGAGGCACACCGCAAUUUCCCCACUGCUAUGGGCGUAUGCAUUGCGCUCCAGGCUAUCGGCGGACUGAUGGCCGUCUUUUUGUACUUCAAUCUACGUUCACUCAACAAACGCCAGGAGCGCCUUGAGAACGAGGAAGUGCAGCUAAGCGAGAAGGAUCUCCGUCGGCUGCAGGCCACCGCUGACGUUGAAGGUAUUGAUAUUGCCGCCGCUCGACGGCUGCAGAAGGGAUUCCGCUAUGUGCUGUAA